GUGGCGGCGGCGGCGGGGGGAAUGGUUGCAAGAUGGCGGCGCUGCAGGAGGAGCGGAGCUACGGGCUGUCCUGCGGGAGACUCGGCAAUGGCAGCAGCGUCUCCGUGUUUCACGUUAAACUGACUGACAGCGCCCUGAGGGCCUUUGAGGGUUACCAGAACAGCAAGAGCUCCUUGUCUAAUCGCCCGUCGAUCCGAUUCACUGGGAAGCAGGGGCAAAUCGCAAUCCCCAGGCCGGAGUGCCUGAAUGAGCUUCGGACCUUCAGCUUCUACCUGUCCAACGUGGGCCGGGACAGCCCCCAGGGGAGCUUCGACUGCAUGCAGCAGUAUGUCACCAGGGACGGGAGCAUUCAGCUUGACUGCCUGGGCGGGAUACAGGAUAAAAUCACUGUGUGUGCCACGGACGACUCCUAUCAGAAAGCCCGGCAGAGCAUGGCACAGGUGGAGGAGGAGACCCGGAGCCGUGGGGCAAUCGUUAUCAAACCGGGAGGGAGAUACGUGGGUAAGAAGGUGCAGAUCCGGAAGCCGGCCCCUGGCAACAUCGACGUGGCCCCGACGAGGAGGCAGGCCCGGCCGGUGAACAUGGCCAGCACCCUGAAGAAGGGGAGCAGCCAGCCCAGCGCGGCCCCAGCCAGGCCCUUCAGGGAGCGGCUCAUACACCUGCUGGCACUGAAGCCCUACAGGAAAGCAGAACUCCUCCUGCGCCUGCAGAAGGAUGGGCUCCCUCAGCAGGACAAGGACUCGCUGGACAGCCUCCUGCAACAGGUGGCGAAUCUGAAUGGGAGGGACGGCACCUACACGCUGAAGGGCUUGAUGUUUAAAGAAGUGCAGAAAGACUGGCCUGGAUACUGCGAGGGAGACCAGCAGCUGCUGAAGAGGAUACUGGUCAGGAAGAUGUGCCAGCCCCAGAGCAGCCUGGGUGUAGCCGGGGAGACCCCUGCAAGCCCACCCAAAGAGCACAGCAACUCCGCCUCUCCCUCUCAGAAACGCCCCGCUGUGGACUUCAUCGACCCGUUGGCCAAUAAGAAGCCCCGGAUCUCCCACAUGACCAGCAAAGCCCAAGGCGCGUUGAACGGGAAGGUGGGCUCCUCCAAUGGGAAGGAUAGUGCUCCUGGGGUCCCGGCGCCACUCCUGGCUGAUCCGGUGAGCUCCAGCUCCCACUUGCACAGGCUGGAGAUUCCCAGGCCCUACGACCCCCUCUCGGACGUCAGCAACGACUCCAGCCACAACGGGCGGGACUGCGAGGGACAGGAGGCAGCGGCAGCAGAGCGGCUGAGCCACCCCCCGGCCCCCAGUAUGGGGCUCCCUGCCCAGCCCAGCGAAGCAACCUUCCCCAGCGCCGCGGCCGGAGCCCCUGCCUCUGCCCCCGGAGCCACCUCCGCAUCCCUGCACGGGAAAUCCAAGAAGAAAUCAAAGAAGCACAAGGACAAGGAGAAAUCCAAGGAGAGGAGCGUGGAACCGAAGAGAGGCUGUGAAUUUAUUACAGAGGCACAAGGGAGCGGUGUUCCAAGCAGCACGGACCUGAAUGGGGCGUGCAGCAAUUCUAGUGUUCCUACAUCCACAUCGGAGAUGCCAGACUAUUUAUUGAAAUACUCGCUGAUCGCAUCCCAAGACCAGCGGCAGAGUUACAAGAACGACUUCAACGCAGAGUACAACGAGUACAGAGGCCUGCACGCCAGGAUAGAGAGCAUCACCCGGCAGUUCACUGUGCUGGACACAGAGCUGAAACAGCUAGAGCAGGGCACCGAGACGUACAAGACAAUCCAUAAUCAGAUCUUACAAGAGUAUCGGAAAAUUAAAAAGAGUAAUCCCGAUUACAGCCAAGAGAAGAACCGCUGUGAAUACCUGCACAGCAAGCUGGCUCACAUAAAGAAACUGAUAGCAGAGUACGACCAUCAGCACCUGCAGAACUGGCACUAGAACUGCCUAUUCACUGGACCCUGCUAGUGGAGGAGACACACUCUUGGGCUGGACUGUCUCUGGAUUCCCCUUUUCAAAGGAGCCACAGACGGGGAGCGACUCCCCCUGGUGAUGGGAGAGGGGGGGAGGGGGGGCAGCCAGCUGUCAUUGUGGGUGUAAAGGAAGAGGACGAGAGAGAAUGUGCUCCAAGAUGUGUUCUGGGUGUCGCUAUUAAUUAUUAUUAAUUAUUCCAAGUUCAGGUCUACCCUCUAUGAUAAAGGAUUUUUUUUGUGA